AUGAUGUCCGCUGUGAGUGGCGCCUUCGCUAACCUGCGCAUCUCAAGCCGGCCGAGAGCCCAGCUUAGUUUCAAGGCGUCAGUCUGCCCGGGAUCUAUGCUAGUGCUCCCCCGUCCCGGUGUGGCUCGCUCGGCCCUCGCUUUCCUGGUCGAAGCCAAGCAGAACUCCCUCAGACGCGAGCGUACCUCGGAAAAGGCGCGGCUACGAAACAAGGGGCGGACCUCGGAGAUCAAGACCCGCAUCAAGAAGGUGCUGACGGCUGUGGAUGCGGCCCAGGCCGACCUUCCGAAGGCCGAGUCGGACCUGAGCGAGCUCGCCGCGCUGAUGAGCGAGGCGUACCGGGUGAUCGAUAAGGGCGUGAGUAAGGGCGUGCUGCACAAGAACACGGCCGCGCGGCGGAAGGCCCGGAUCGCACGCGCCAGGCAGAACCUGCUCAUCUCUGCGGGCCUGUACAAAGCCCCAGAGAGCACCCCCGACGUCCCGGAGGCCAGCCUGCCUUCGGAGAAUGACGGCAUCUCUCCCUCUGAGCUCACCCUGGUGCGUUGA